ACAUGUAGGGAAAAGGGGGUGUGGCUGCACAGACUCACAUUAUUAUUCAUGUCUUCAUGUUGAGCUCUGACAGGCAGAACUUUGUUGUUGUUUCCUCACAGUCUCUUCUUCUUCUCCUUCUCCAGGUGUGGUGUGUCCGGGUGUGCAUGUUCUACUCCACCAUGUGUCUGUCCGGCUGGCCGCUCUCCUCAGAGGCCGCCAGACUCCGCUGUGGAACCGACCUCCUCAGUGACCUCAUAUUCGUGUGCGGAGAUCGGGGAAUCUAUUUGGGCAAGGGGACGUGGUCCGGUUACGGCGCUCGGCCCCGGGGAAAGGGGAUCGCCGACAAGUGCUGUGGACCUUCAGGCUGUGAACUUCAGCACCUGGAGUUGUACUGCGCCAAACCAAAGAGCCCACCGCACACCACAGCGUAUCCAUCCUCCACAACAACAACAACAACGACAACGACAACGACAACAAUAACGACGACAGCAGCUCCUCAAACAACCACAGAGCCGGACACGGCACGGCAGCUGUUCCAAACGCUUUAUCAGAAGAGACUUGUGGAGCACCUCGGGGCUCCCAACAGCCCCAAAAGAGACGCGUACAGAAAGAAAACAAAGACUUCUUCCAGAGGGAAAAGCAAAGCUUCAUCGUCACGCAGGAGGACGAACACGACCAGCGUGUCUUCUUCAGCCUCCAGGAGUCCUCUUGAAAGACCGACCAGAUCUGGAUCCUGACUUCAAACUGGAUCUUUGAAGGGACUGGACUUAUCGCAGCAGGUCUCAAAAGACGAAAUACAGCCGAAAUGCAAACUCAGAGAAACUCUCCUCUAAAGUCGGCAUCACAAACAGAUUUGGAAGGAAACAAAAAGCGGCCAUAUUGGAGGUCUGAUCCCCGCCUCUGGAUUACUCGCUCUCUGGUUCUCAGUGUAAUCUCUCACUGAGGCGUUCUGUUAUCUGACUUUAAGUAGCAACGCUUGUACGAUAUGACUCUCUAACGAUGUUCCAUAAAGCCUGUUAAAUAAUGAACAACCUAGAAUAUCACAAUGUUUUCUAUCCCAGUGCUGAUGUGGUAAAACAGGCCGGACUCUUGCUGCUGAUGCUUUUGUGGGAACACAAAAAGUCUCUUGAAUCCUGCAGCACAUCUCGCUACAAUCCAAAAAACCUAUUAACUAAAACUAGCACAAAGUGACUCCGCCUACUCUCCUGCAUUAAACACGCUCAUACAGUCAGCACGAGCUGCGUUCAUCAGCAGCUUCAAGUAACGAUGCGUCCUUUACUCAAGUGUCCACAUGACGACAAAGACAAAGACAUGGUGUCGUCCAUGGUGCAGGGCGGUUAAAACGACCUGCAGAGAAAAGAAGACGACCACAAGGUUUCCAAGCUAUGGUCUUUGCAGAAGCAUGAAUGUUACACUUUUAGUGUCAGUGCAGGCUUGUCUGCGUUCCCUUGCUGCUGUUUGUAGGCGUUCCAUAAGUCCUUGAGUCCUUGUGUCCUUGAUUCCUUGAGUCCUGCAGGAAGUGACGCAAGGUGACAGCAGCAGGUGCAGCGUGAUAACACGUCCCCUCUGCAGGUUAGCGUGCUAAUAAAACAUG